AUGACAUGGAACUCUGCCAGCUCUUUUCUCGUCACGUGGCAGGACCCUUCGGUGAACAACAUGUGCGUUCUUGGGAACGUUUUUGCUGGAGGCAGCAAGCACUGCUCCGUCGCUUUUGGCUGCAGCGACAAGCCUGGCGAAGUUAUGCUUAGCAUCCACUUGUCGCUUAAACUUAGCGUUUCGUCAAAGGGUCAUUUCAACACAUAUCUUGUUAUCCCGGUCGAUGCUUUGGACACACGCGAUGCCUCAUAUUACGACAUCCUCGUUCCACCAGAAGCUCCACAAUUCAAGAAGGCAGGCGUCAAGGAAGGAAAAGACUUUGUCCGUUGUCACUUUUCGCUCAAGGCACCAGGCCAUGUUGUCAUGCAGGUGCCGGCAACUCCGAAACAACCAAGCGAGCAUGCUCGUGGGCUACUUUUGAGCUUGAAGUCUCUAUCUGAGGCCAUGAGUUUUGAAGUCUACCUACCUCGAACGACGGCGAGUGAGAAUGUGGUGGAACGAUUCUUUCGCGGACUUCGCAGCGGCGAUGCUACAUCCCCCGAGAUCGACUAUCAGUCAACCUUCAGCGGACGCAAGGUGGCGAUUAACGACUGGGAAACGUACCAGAUUCACUCGAGAGACACGCUGACUCCCGGAUGGAACCCACUCAUCGAAGAAAACCCACCACCGUACGAGGAAGUUUCCGAGCAAGCGCCCCAAGUCGUCCAGGAAACACCUGUUCCUCCUGAACAAGGUCCGCAGCGGACCGUUCGUUUCGAGGACGAGAUGUCCGGAGACGAGGGCGCUCGAGUAAAACGACAGAAGGUCCGUCAAGCCGAAGCGGCCCUCCAAGCGAAUGGUGAUCGCAAAGGUGGCCCACGGGAACGCCGCCGUCUCAAACGCAAAGCCGAUGAGGCCGUCUCCGAUACGGAAUCCGGUAGCACACGGAAGUCUUGGAGGAUGAGUCGUCAGACGGACGUCAAAUCUGCUGUUCUGCGGCACAUGUCGGCUAAUGCCAUUGUGUCUUGUUCUGUCUUUGCUUCAAAGGGUCACAAUCGCGCUAUUUUCGACGAGAGCCAGUUCAGCUGGUUUUGCGAUGCCGUGUUGUGGCUGAAAGCCGUGUGGGCUCACCAACCAGAUGCUCACGAUGCUUACUCCAGUCAGCUUCGUGACAUGUGUCGCGCCAUCCGGUUAAAAGAGACGGAGAAGUACCAGCGCAUCAGGGAGGAGUGCGUGGAUCUGUUUCUUAAACGUGAUCCGAAAGGUAAGCGGGCCAGCAGUGAGAAAGGCCCUUGGGAAGUCAAGGCCACAGACCGGGCAACCUGGAUCUCUCGAUUGAUCUUCAAUCGCCUAGGUAUCGCUAGUGACACCCUUAUCUAUGACGAGCUAGUAGCCUUACAACAUCUUGCUUGCGAAUGGGAAAAGAUCGGUGGGGACGAAGGCGUGCCCAAGCCUGGGUGCGAGGAGGAUUACACCCGGCUCAAAGCGUCCUUUAACACGCAGAUGGCUGCUUGUGUGCUGGUUGCAUUGUACAAGGACGAUAGGCUUGAGGGGGCAUUAGAGGACGCUGGUAUAUAG